AUGACACAAAAACCUCAUGAAGUGCAUGGGUGGCAGACGUCAUCAGACCCGACCCUGAGUAGGAACCUGAGGCACGUAGACAAGUACCUAACAUAUUUAAUUACUGCAUGGAAGCUCAAGUUGGUGGACUGCGGCGCCGCCGCCGCCCAACAUGACGAUUUGCUAUAUCGGUUUAUGAAGAAGCAUGAGUACUUGUCGGACAAAUUUCUUCUGAAGUUUUGUUAUGAGAGAGACAAGUGGAGGCGAUGCGGCCAAUUGGAUGGAGUAGCCACUAGAGUUCGAGGAGCUGGAGCAACCGGUGUACAUGAAGGCGGCGCUGUCAGAAACUCUACGGGAGUACCCACCAGUUGUGCUGGGGGAUCGAACGUGACCUACUCGAUCUACUCGGCGUGGUUGAUGGAGGGAGUUUGGGGGCCCGAUUGCUUGCAGUUCCGGCUGGAGAGAUAA